AUGAGAGAUAAUAAACGAAAUGAUUGUAGUCAUGGAGAAAAUUGUGAGAGAAGGUAUAAUGAAAGGGAUUCCAAAAGAGAUGAUCGAAGAAAUGAUAAGGAAUACGAUCAUUUUAAAGAGUAUAAUACGUCAAUGAACUUGCAGAGAAAUGAAAGGGAAAAUUGGGGAAAAGAAAAUUUUUUCCGAAAUAGAUUUAAUCGUCCGAAGAUUAAUAUGCAAAAUGUAAAAUGUUAUUCAUGUGGAGAAUUUGGGCAUAUAAGUAGAAAUUGUGUUGAGGGUGCAAUGUUUAACAAGCAACCGAUUAAAUGUAAUAGAUGUGGAGGAGUUGGACAUAGUAGUGAAAAAUGUUAUGUUCCGACGUAUCGUAUUAUGGGAAAUAAUCAAAGAACAUUUCAAUGUGAAAGAUGUGGAAAAAUGGGACAUGCUAAAGAGAAUUGUUAUGUAAGAGAACCGAUAAAUGGAGAACAUUUCCGGCAGUGA